GUAGACGACUUGUGCAAUCCAAGGAUGGGACCUUAAAAACAAGGUGGGCAUUUUGCCUCUCUAAAUGUGAGAGAACUUUGCUCAUUACUUUCGCCAAGACUUACAGGAACCAGUUGUAUUCAAUAACAAAACCAAGUUGGUUAAUCUCGCACUUUGAACCUUGAGCUGUUUCUACUGGUUUGAUCCUUUUCUUCAGCAUCAGAGGAAGUGCAUAUAUGGCAGCAAACACCGGCCAAGAAAUUGCUCCACUAAAUGAAAACAACGACCAACCCAAAGAUCCGGCAAUUGAUGUCCCUGGGCCUGAGUGUUGUAUUUUCAAGAUCCCUAGACGUUUUCGUGCAGGAAACGAAGAAGCCUACACUCCUCACUUGAUUUCAAUAGGGCCUAUUCAUCAUGGUGACAAAAAUUUGACUCAAAUGGAGUUGCAGAAGCAGAGAUGUUACAAGAAAUUUUUGGAAACCACUUCUCAGGAGAGAUUGACAGAAUUUCAUGGAUACGUCAAAUCCCAUUUAAUACGUAUAUGCAGGUGUUAUGAAGUCCAAUUUAUCUGUAACUUGGAGGUUUCUCAGCUUAUUGAGAUAAUAUCAAAUGAUGCAGUUUUUAUCAUCGCGCUCUUCUUGAGGGAUUGGGCGGAAAAACAAAAAUCCACCGACAAGGACUGCAACGAUGAUGAGGAGGAUGUCUACCACGUCUUAAACCAAAGAGAUGACAAGGAGGAUGACUACUACAAUUUCUUAAACAACAGUGCAUUGUUAAGAGUUAACCUUCUAACGGAUUUGACGUUACUUGAAAAUCAAAUCCCGUUCUUCGUCCUUGAAGAUCUAUAUAAGCUAGCUUUCUUCAUCUCUGAUAAAACCUCUUUUCUCGAUCUUGCUUGCUUGUACUUCGGUAUCAAAAAAGAUCCAUCAUUCGAGGAAAAGAAGAUUAAACACUUUACAGAUUUGAUUAGAUAUCAGGUGCUGAGGGCUUAUCCGUUGACGUAUGACAUGCGUGUAGGAAACCACAACAUGCACAACGCAACGAAGUUGCAUGAGGCUGGUGUUAAGUUUAAAUGUACUGAAGUUAGUCAUGAUUUUGGUGUUAUGUUUAAUGGUGUUUCAUAUGAUUGUUUUUUGAUUCAUGGGCCUGAGUUUGAAGGUUUUCAGUCUGUGGAUACGGUUAAGGAUGAUGUGCUCGAAUCUACUACGUACAGCUUGCUUCAGGUACACUUUGAGAAGGGUCUACUAAAAUUGUUAACUAUUGAUGUCGAGUACGAAACUGAGAUUCGUUUUAGAAACUUGAUGGCCUUCGAACAAUAUUAUUAUCCAAAAAAGACUUAUUUUUGUAGUUAUAUUAAACUAUUAGACUCUCUUAUUGACACUAAGGAAGAUGUAGAUUUACUGAUAAAAGAACAAAUUAUUGUCAAUAAAUUGGGUAGCAGUGCAGCUGUGGCAACUAUGAUUAACAAACUUGCUGUGGGAGUUGUACAAUCAACUUUGCUCUAUGGUGAAAUCGGUUUGAAACUAAACCGGCAUUAUAAAAGUUCUUGGAAUCGUAGAUGUGCAUCCUUGAAGCAUGUUUAUUUCAACACUCUUUGGAGAGGAACUGCUACUGUUGCUGCUUUCAUCGUGGUGGUACUCACUCUCACACAAACCGUAUUGGCAAUCUUAGAUAGAGCAAAGCCUACAAAAUAAAUACUCUUACUUGAUUGCAGUGUUUGAUUCAAUGACAAAUAAAAUCAAUCUUUUUAUGUGUGUUUGUUUUGUACUUUUUAAGUUUACUUGCCCUUCCACUUUGAGUGGAAAGAGAAUUUGGUUUCAAGCUUUGUUGCCCUUAUCAAUGAACAAUUGUAUGCCUACUAGAUUUUGUCA